AUGCAAAUAAAUGCAAGUACUGAUGAUUAUAAUAUAGUGGAGGAAGAAAUUAACAACUUAGUUACAAAUAAGGCAUUUCAGUCCAGCCAUCCAAAUACAGGAUUUCCUGUGGUCUAUAACAGAAGAAAAUCUGAAAAGAAAAGUGAAUUGAAAUUAGAGCCGGAUCUUUUGAACAAAAGUUUAGGUAACGAAGAUUGUGAGUUAGAAACUUCUUUAGCUUUUAACCUGACUCAAAAUGACAUUUUAAAACUGCGUUGGACAAAUCCACUAGGUGAGGAUGUUAAUGACUGGGAUUCAACAAGUGAAUCCGAUAUGAAUCUUCACAACCUUAGGUUUAAUUUUGAGGGCUCUCUUUGCGAUAACUCGAACUUUGAAGAAAAAUACAAACAUGAUGAUUUAUAUUUUUACAAGGGAUUACAUCAUCAUUCCAACCAGGGUGAAUUUGAAGGAUACACUAUUCCUGAACUUAUGCACCUUUCCAGAAGCAGUAGUGUAUCACAGAGAUGUAUAGCAAUUCGAACAUUGGGAAAUAUUUUUCUUAAAAUAAGGGAGUACCAUAUCUUUAAUCAUCAAUUUGGAAAGGCUUACCAUAAAUAUUUACUUGGGUAUUUGUUUGGAAUACAUAGGUGGUACAAGUAUUUAACUGGUGAUCUCUCAAUCCACUAUUUGUUACUAAAUAUGUUAUUCCAUGAAUCUUACGCAUCAAGAACUGCAGAACACUCAGUAAUUGCCCUGAACAAUUUACUUAGUGGUGGACAAUUUCCUAUGAGACCAUUAAAUAUUGAAUUGCUGGAAACCAGCAAAUUCAGGCUCUUGAACUGCUUUAUGACUCCUUCGGAAUUUAUUUUUGAACUUUUGGAUGAGAAAUUAUUAUAUUAUCCUUCUUAUUUUAGAUAUAAUAUAAUUUGCCAGAAAUUAGAGUUUUUAAAUCAAUUAGUGCAAAAGAAAUUUCAUAAUGUCAGAUAUAACGAUUUGCAAGACGAAGAGCAUCUAAUUAAGUUUGACUUACCCGAUGGAAGAAGUUUAGAGCUAAUAAGAGAUACAAUGCAGGAGAUAUUUAAGUAUGUACCAUCUAGAUAUGAUAAUGGUGAGUUAUCCAUUCAGAAAAACUAUUUAUUCAUUUUUCUAUGCAAAAUGGCUCAAAAUAAAGUUGGAACCCUAGACUCCCGUAUAUCCAGCAUCAACAUUAUUAGGUUAUUUGUUCAAAGAGAGUGUAUUUAUGACCAGAGUAUUUGCCUUGAAACUUUAAAAGAAAUGUUAAACUCUCUUGGAGAUGAAAUUUUUAACUUUUCUUCAUCAGAAUUAGCUUCCCAAAAUUACUCAAACUCUAAUAUGGCAAAAUUACUCUUCAGUUUUAUAUACUUAAUUAGCACGUAUCUCCAAUCUUUAUAUAAUGGCGAUAAUGAUACAGAUAACACAUUUAUCAAAGCUCAAAAGAAUUUUUUAGGCAAUUUUCUUAUUACACCAGUGCUCCAAAUUUUAAGAAUUGUUAUAUUAGCAGUACUAGGUCUUGAAAAACUCCAUCCUAGUGGAAUAAAUGAAUUUAUUCAAUUAAGCUUGGUUGAAGGAACAAAAAUAAUUGGCAUUAUGUCAUUGAAGAAUAUCUAUUUAGAGGAUUUGUCCAUUUAUUGCAAAGAUCUGAUUCGUUACUUCGCAUUUCUAGAUUUGGAUGACUCAGUACAAUCCUUCAUAAGCUAUUAUUUAUAUGCUUUAGGUUGCAAUAUAUUGGUUUUUUCUAAAAACCAUGAAAUUGAACACGAACACUUACAAUACAUUCAGGUUUUGAACCAGUUUAUAGUAAAAAUUAAUGAAAAGGUUAAAAUUUUCAGAAAAGAAUUAUCUAUUGUCAGCUAUGAAUACUUUAACUUAGUUCUUUUAACAAUAUCAAUUAUUAGAUUCCAAGUCCUUUUGGCUGAAAGAUCAAACUUUGAUCUUGUUUCUGAUACUUUUCAAACCUACCUUGAACUUAUUGGUUUUUGUGAAAGCUUCCUAGAAGCUCAUUCAAAACAGGAUUUUGACUUGGAUUUACUCACAUUGGAAAGUGGUUUUUUACUUGAAAUUGAAAUGGGUAUUACAAAUAUUCAAAGCAUUUUAAAUAACAAUCAAAUUUAUGGAGAGUUCUACUUUAUAAUCCUGAUCUCAACCUUUUUGAAAGAAUUAUCUCGGCUAUUUCUAUUAACUAUAAAAGGAAAAGAAAUAUCUUCUUCAUAUUUACAUGACCUAAAACCAUCAUUUAAUUUACUAUCAGAUAUAUAUCAUAAGCUUUCUAGAAAUUACAUUCUUUCAAAUUACUUAAGAAAAGAUAAUUCAGACUUUCAUUCUGAGGCCAACCAACUUUUCAGCUAUGAACUUUGCUACUUUGAAACUUUAAAUAUGAAUGAUAGCAAAGCAUUGGUUGUUAAUAAUAACAUUGUUAAGAAAAAUUCGAUCUACUUGCAGCUUUUAAAUUCAAAUAUGUUUCAUAUAUAUCUCCUUAUAUAUACAAACAUCAAUCAUAUUAACACUACAAACACUUCUAUACCCAAUUCUUUGGCUCUUAAUUCUAGUAUAAUGGCUUUUAGAUAUCAACAAUUUAUUUCUGAAAUAGAAAACUCUAACUAUGAUCCACAAAUUUUGUAUGAAAAGCUAUUUAUUCUUCUAUUCAGUAGUAAAAACCUCGAGGAGUAUUCUCUUGUUUUAUUUUGGAUUCUCAAAUUGGAAGGUCAAAUCUCAGAAUCAUUUUAUGAAUUAUAUGACAAAUUACUGUGUGAGUAUUCAUCUUGCUUAAAUAAUACAAACUUAUUAACUGUUAACCCAUUUAUUUAUUCCGUUAACAUUGUUUAUAAUCAGAUUAUGAGUGCAAACCAACCAAUACCAUCUUCAGAAAAUCCAUUUCUUUUCUACAUAAUGAAGAAAGUCCUAAAUAAGCAACUAAUUUAUAUUAAUAACUCUGAAUUUGUGAAAGACCUAAUUAUUUUCUUGUCUAAGUAUAUUCUUGAAUGCUCAAUAAAUCAAAUUAUACAUGUUUCAAAAAUAAAAGAACCAGAAAUGAAUAGUAUUAAUUUUAAGCUAAUAGGGGACACUAUUUUAAACUAUGUGAAGCUUUCUUUGGAACUUCAGGGCUACAUACAUAUAUCUAAAGAAAAACAUCUUGAAUCUAAUAAAAACUUCCAAGACUCUUUAUUAGAGAUGGUAUGUAAUUGGGGACAAAACAGAGAAAUUGCUAAUGUAACAAUCUACGAUCUAAACAACAAAAAAGACAAUGAAUGUUUAAGAAAGUUGAUUGACUCACUAAUUUCAGCUUUCUGCGACUCAAAUAUGUAUUUUUCUGAAGAGUUACUUGAUUGCUUUUAUUUCUUAUUCACUUUUUUUUUGUUUGAAAUAAUAUCAGACAGUAAUAUUGUAUUAAAAAUUAUAUCUGAUAUUAAAAUAAUGAAGCUUUUACUAUAUAAUAAAAAAUCAGACAUUUCAUGUAUUUUAAGACAAAUUAAUUCUGUAAAUACAAAAGUUAGCGAAGCUUCAGGUGGUGAACAAGUAGUUAAUUUAAUAUCAGAAAUUAUCACGUUAUAUAAAGAUGCAGUUUCUCAAAGUACUUUAUUGGUACUAUUACUAAUUUACUUCAACUACUUUUCAGGCUCUAAAUUAGAAUUAAUAAAAGAAAUUACAAAGCUCUACGAAGAAACAGAAAUUGAAUACUUAAAUCGUAUCUUGGUUGGUUUAAACAAAGAUUAA